GGUAGGUCAAAGAAAAACGGGUCGGGUUUUUUUGCUACCAAAAUUUCUUCAAACCCUAAACCCUCGCAAUAUAAACUCUGCCGCCUGAUUCUUCUUCCUCUUUGGACAGUAGAGGAAUCCAAAGGCUUCAUCCUCCAAUUCGAUUAAAUGGGUAAGGGAACGGGAAGUUUCGGUAAACGGAGGAACAAGACCCACACCCUCUGUGUUAGGUGUGGCCGUCGUAGCUUCCAUCUCCAGAAGAGUCGAUGCUCCGCUUGUGCAUUUCCAGCUGCCCGUAAGCGUACAUAUAACUGGAGCGUCAAGGCGAUCCGAAGGAAGACCACUGGAACUGGGCGGAUGAGAUAUUUGCGCCAUGUUCCUCGCAGAUUCAAGAGUGGUUUCAGAGAAGGUACUGAAGCAGCGCCAAGGAGCAAAGGAGCCUCAUCAUCAGCCUAAAGACAUUGAAGGUUAAUUGUGGCACAACUUGGUACCUUUCUAGGUUCUAGGAGGAUUUUAUCAUUUUUGAGACUAGAGUUUAUAAGAAUUUUGUUUGAUGAUGUUAUUGCCUUCAAUACUGAAGCUUGUUUUUAUUUCUUACUCUUUCGUUUAUUGAAUUUCUGAUCGUUGUUUUUAGACCACUGUCACCUCUUGUUAAUCUAUGUCUUGAGUUAUAUA